AUGGCCUCUAGCUCCCCCACAAAGCUCAACGGCCAUGCACCGCCUCUCCACGACAUUCGGAUCCACAUUGUUGGUGCAGGGAUGGGCGGCAUGGGGUCUGCCCUCUCCCUCGCCCGCCAAGGGUUCACCAACAUCACCGUGUGGGAGCAGGCGCUGUAUCUCGAUGAGGUGGGUGCUGGGAUCAACAUUCCACCCAAUUGUGGCCGCAUCCUAUCGCGGUGGGGUGUGAUGGGCAUCUGCAAGGCUGAGGGUGUCGCAAUUGAGCGGGCAAACGUCAUCGACUUUGACUGUGAGACGGACGAGAUAAUCUCAUCCGCUGGCUACUCGCAGCACAUGAUUCAUGACUACGGUUUCCCCUUCAUCACUGUCCAUCGCGCUGCACUACAAAAGUCGCUUGUUCGUGGAGCACUCGACACUGGGCGCGUGCAGUUGAUCACGGACCAGGUUAUCACCGAGUACGACUUUGACCGGACGCGGCUGCGAGUGCGCGACAAUGACACGGACGAAAUGGAGUGGGUUGAUGCCGACGUGAUUAUUGCCGCCGACGGCAUCAAGAGCCAGGCUCGCCAGGUAAUGUACGCAAAGAUCGGCAAGGUGGACGAGGUUGAGGACUCUGGCCAGGCUGCGUAUCGCAUCAUGGUCAAGAAGAGCGCCGUCCAGGACGACCCCGAGCUGCUCAAGUUCUUCUCAAGCAAGCAGUCGUUUCGCUGGAUUGGCGAGAACCGCCAUGUGAUGGGCUAUCCCAUCAAUGCGGGAGAACUGUUCAACAUCUCGACGUCACAGCCAGAUGGACACUUUGUUGCAGCCGAGUCGUGGACGGCUCUCGGGAACAAGUCGGACAUGCUGGCGACGUUUUCCGACUUUCCCAAGCGCGUACAACGGCUUCUUGCGGCCGUCCCAGAGCACCAGGUUCUUGAAUGGCGUCUGCGUGAGCACAAGCCACUCCCCGUCUGGGUCACGGGCAACAUUGCGCUACUGGGUGAUUCGUGCCACCCCACUCUGCCGCACCUGGCGCAGGGUGCAGCUCAGGCGCUCGAGGACUCGGUUGCGAUCGGCAUCGUGCUCAGCCGCAUCAAGAAGAAGGAGCACAUCCAUGCGGCUCUUAUGGUGUAUCAGAAGCUGCGCAAGCCUCGCACAGAUUGGGCCGUGAGCAUGGCGGCGGCCAACUCGCUCGCCCUCCACCAGGACAGGAGCGCACGCGAGGCUGCGCUCAAGGCUGCGCGUGAAGGUCUCGUCGGUGACGCCGGUGAGGCUGUUGUUGACAAGCUCGCAUCACGCGAGCUCCAUGACAAGCUGUUCAAGUACGACAUUGCGCUUGAGGCUGAGCAGCACUUUUCGCAGAUGCUCACCGAGGAGCUCAUGGGCGCGGUGUCCAUCUCGUAG